AUGGGUUGGUCCAAGGCAACCGGCGUGAGAGAAGCAGGGGCGGCCACAUCAGGAGGAUCUAACUUGGCCUCGGACCUGGACCUGAAGCAUCUGCUGCCCGUCGCCGUGGAUGGCAAGAGCCUUUACUCCAAGAUCGGACUGUUCAGUCACAUCACCCUACAGGAGGUUCCCGGUCUCGUCACGCUGCUGAGACCAGACGAAACCCUAGAAGAUGUGAAGAAGCUGACACCGGAGCAGAUCCUGCUGCGCUGGGUCAACCAUCACCUCUCUAACGCGGGCGUCGAGCGCCGCGUCAACAACUUUACCUCCGAUAUACAGGAUUCUGAGGUCUACACCCACCUCCUGCGUCAGAUUGCGCCUCUGGAAGCCAGAAUCAACACGUCAGCCUUCAAGCUGGUGAACCACUCUAUGCCAGGGACAGUGGACGAGCGAGCCAUCAACAAACGCAGCCUCAAUGUCUACAGACGCCGCGAGAACCUUACUCUGGCUCUCAACUCCGCACAGGCUAUCGGCUGCAACACCGUCAACAUCGGCCCCGAGGAUCUAGAGGCAGGCACGGCCCACCUCGUGCUCGGACUCGUCUGGCAAGUCAUUAGGGUACGUCCUGCGUGUGGGAUGGUCGAAGCCUACCGCAACUGGAUGAACAGCAUGGGCGUGAAGCCGCACGUCAACUGGCUCUACAGCGACCUCGCCGACGGUGUCGUCAUCUUCCAGCUGUUUGACGUCAUCGACGAUGACGUCGUCGACUGGAGCCGCGUGCACGUGAAGUUUUCGGCGAUGCGCGGUUUCAUGCAGCGACUGGAGAAUUGCAACUACGUCGUUGAUCUUGGGAAGAAGAAGCUGGGGUUCUCCCUGGUCGGCAUCGGAGGCAAUAACAUCAUGGAGGGAAACGAGACGCUAACGCUCGGUUUUAAUUCGAAGUGGCCGAAUGACGCAAAGGGAAAUUUUACGUUGGUUUGA